AGGGCCUUAGCUGGACGUGAAUAACUUCUUUUGAGAAUCACCACCUACCUUACAACGAUGAGUGACCUUGGUGUUGCAAAGCUGAAGUUGUCAAAAAUUAUUCGCCUUCAUAAUGAUUUUCCUGCAAUGAUUAAAGAAGUGGCUUGUGAUAUAACCGGUAAAGUAGUCUUUGAGCAGAUAGAGAAGGAGGCGCGUGCUCUUGAUGUAGAGGUGCCAGUAGCAGCGAAAAGUAUAGUUUCCUCCCAAGUGAAACGGAUAUCUGAACUUUCCAGGAAAGAAAUUAGUAUUGAAAGGGACGUGGAGGGAUUAUUAUCAACGGUAAAACUCCUUCUGAAAAAAGGAACCUUAGCUCAAACUGACAUAAGCAAGCUGCUGCUUUCUGAUCCACUGUUUUUAAGUUUACCAUUGACAGCCCUGUGGAAGUUCAUCUGUGUUGGUGUUGUUUCUUUUGAGCAGAUCUUGAAAAGCAUUCAUGAUGAGGAAGGUGGCAGCUUACUUAAGCUUUUGGAAGAUUUGAUGAAGCUUAUAUUACAUAGCAGUGAUAAUUCAGAUGGAACCUCUAUCGUAAGUGAAGCUCUUGGCGCUUUAGUAAAUCUCUCAUACAAUUUGAAGAAAAGUGAGUAUCAUUCAUUGUCUAAAAGUGCCAGUAAUUUACUUGAUUCAGUAACAGAGCAUCUUUUAGAUUUCGUUCUUGAAAGUUUUACUGAGGGCAGUUCAGAAAAUACAGAAAAUAGAAAUUCACAAGUACUCAAUAUUUAUGAAUUAUUAAUGAACAACUUAAAGGUAACAUCACAGGCAUUACAAAAUUAUUGCUCUUCUCAGCUUAUUUAUGUGCUAACUCAUCAGCCAAAUCUACAUGUUACCAGUGUUUUGAAAUCUCAGGAAAAGUGGCGAUCAACACUCGUUAACCCUGUGCUCUCAUUGUUAAUGCAGAAGUUAGUCAUAGUUUUGGGCUAUGAAGCAGCUCUCCAUAGUCUGAACACUGUUGUGACUAAUGAUGAAGUUAAUUGGGGGUGUGUUUUGACCCUUGUUGCCACUACCAUUAAUAGCCACAAGUUUGCAGUUUCUCUGCUCAAGACUAUUAUUGAAAAACACAUCCGCAAAGGCUGCGAUGAUCAGGACAUGGAAUUUUUAGUCAUUGGCUUCAUAUUUGCUCGUCAUGCAAGUCAAGAAGGUUGUCACCUCUUUCCCUCUUACAGCCAGUGGUUUAGUGGUUUGUUUUCCACUGAGUCAGGAAGUCCAGCAUCUCAUAAACAGUCUUUUGUGUUCCUCAUACAAUUCUUAACAGAUUUGGUUCCCCACGAACCAGUGUAUUGUUUACGUACCCAUCUCACGAGUCAUAUUUUUGUUCCUAAAGGUUGUCAGACUUUGCUCCAUGAUUAUUAUAACCUUGCAAGAGCCCGCCUUCAAGAGAUGAAGGAUAAUUUAGAAAGUCAUACAGUUUCUCGCCAGAAUGUAGAAGAAAAAGACAAAGUGGUUAAGGAAGUAGAGAUGUGUAUUGAGCAAUUUAGUCAUACGGGGAAAAUACCACACUUGGUGUUGGAGGCAUCUAUUUUUCGAAAGCCUUAUUACAUGUCCUCUUUUUUGCCUACCUUACUGGCUCCUAGAACACUACCAGAUGAGCCUGAUGCCACAAGUAAAUUCAUAUCCAUUAUGCAUUCAUCUGGCAAGAUUCCUGCCAACAUGUACAAAGCUUAUACUGAAGAAUGUCAGAAAUUUACAUCAGACCUACUCUCAGGCAUAUUCAUUAAUGUUGAAGAAGAAAUGGUUGUAGAAGAACCCAUAACUGAACUUUCCAACAUCUUGAAUGAACUACUAGAUGCCUCUGUCAUCUUACCCAUACUUUCUCGUAUAUCACACAAAAUUGAAGAGAUAACAAAAGCCAGUGAUUUGAAGAUGAAAAGCAAAACUCACUUGGUUCUGAAUCCCAGGAUGUGUAAUUUUAAACUUGUUUCUUACCAGGUAAUCCAAGAAUUUGUUAACAUUUUUGAGAAAGUUUGUUUUAGCCAAAAACAAAGGGAAGUAGUAAUUACAAAACCUGACUGGAUUCCACAGUUCUUAUCUUUACUAUCUUCAAGCAUUACACUUCAGUUGUCACUUUUUAAUUAUCUCUUGUAUCAUUUGGAAUAUGGUCAGCACCACAAACUGUCAGUGGAAAAAAUACAGAUUCAAGGAGCUUUAAUCUCUGAAAUUUGUACUCUUGAAGGUUUGUUUAGUAGCGUUGUUGAUUCAUCCAGCAUGAAUCAAAGUCCUGUUCCAUUUGUGAAGUAUUUCUUACAGAAAUUGGAGAGAAAUAUGUCCACAAAGCAGGCAUGUGUACAUACAUGUUGCUUAAUUAAUUACUGGUUGCAGUGGCACAUAGAAAAUGGUACUGAGGGAAAGACUUUGGCAUUGCUUCCAGAGAAACUGAUGGAUUUGUAUUGUUUUUUGGCUCCUAGAAUUAAUUUGAUUGUUACUGAGGAGGAGGAUGAACUCACUAUGGCUACUGUGUAUUCAUCAUUAAAUGGUCAGGGUGUUCCUAGUUAUGCUAGGUUGUAUUUUGACCAGAUCAGAUCACUUAAACAGAAUGGAUGGCUUUCACUUGAAAAAUGGAUAUCUCUUGAACUGCGUACUGUUUGGGAAAAAACCCCUUUAGAUGUGCGAUUAUGUUAUCUCCAGUGCAGAGUUGAACGUGAUUUUAUAUUUUGUGGUAGUGCUCAGAAUGACAGUGAGAAAAGAAUUGCAGCUGGAGAAGUUGUAACAAACAUUAUCCAUACAUUAUUAGAAAGUGGGGUUAAAGAUGAGAACAGCAGUGAAAUGAUCAUGUUACUUCAAAGACUGGCUCAUCUUUAUCCGGAUGCAGACAUAUGUCUCCUGGAAGACUGGCACUUUAACUUGAGAGAGAAACCCUUCAGUGAUAAGAAUCUAUUUUUAUUUAUCAAUCUUUGUCGCUGUCUCCCUCCUCCUUAUUUUUUACCAUCCAAACGUGUUCUUCAGCUUUCAGGCGUCCUUGAGCAAUUGGUUCAUUUGCUCCAGAACCUGGAUCAAGGCCUAGUGUUGAAUUUGUGUAAUACUACAUACAUAGUCUCAUGUUUGUUACAUGCUGCAAAAGAUUCAUGUGUGAAGGGUAUACAUAUAGAAAAGUGCUUGCAGUCAAUAAGAAGGGGAGUCAUUUUUCAUUGGGAUUCAUUAAAAAGCAUGUUUGAAGAUAACAUCCACAUAAUAGAAAGCCAUAAAUGUUUAGAAACUUUGAGACAUAUUCUGAACGAUCCUGCAAAAAACUUUAGUCGUCUCUGUCCAGAGGAAAGUGGUCUUUUAAUACUUUCCCUGUGUCUCAAAAGUUCAAGUGUGUAUGAAACAAUAUCUGGUGAAAUUUCUUCGGUUAGAACAAGUUUCUUAAAAUGGCUGUUUGCAUACAUUGGCAUUCAACAGAUGCAAGGAUCAGUUCCCUUCUUCCCGGAAAGUAAUGAUACACAAAUUCUAAGUGAAAAAGAUGAAAAGAUCAUUUGCAUUUGCAAGAGAGAACUUAAGGAGUACUUGGCAACUAGUGAUCCAUUGAAGCUUGUGGAAGAGAUGUUUCCGCCUGGUGGAGAGCCUUCAGUAUCCUUGAGGAGGAUGACUACUGCUUGUAUUUUAAUAGUGCUUUUAGAGUUUGCUUCUGACAAAACAUCAACUGGAAAGAAGGUUAACAGGAACAGUUUAGAAGCUCAACUCUUGGAAAUUCUUCUCCAUUGUUACAUAUAUCUGGGCCAAUUUUUUGACUCUGGUGAAGGAGGAGGACAUGGUGAAUUGCCUGAUACUCCGGUAAAUAAGACGAUGGACAACAAGGAUCUUAAAUAUUCCAGUGAUUUAGGCCAUAUUUCUGCUCUGUAUCAGAGAAUAUUGUCCCUUUUAUGUAAAAUUCCACCAAAUGUGUUAUGCAAUGUAUCUGAAGGUACAAUAGCAAAAUGUGAAGGAGAGUUGCACUCAACACUGAAGCAGAAAAUGCAGUGUUAUGAAAAUUGAGUUGAUCCUCUUGUAUAUCUUGUAUAUUUUUAUAAAAAUAAAUUGUGUACUAUUCA